GAUGACCACUUGUCCACAUUUCGUCAUCCCAACACCACCAAAACCAAAAUCCCUAAAUUCAAAACUCACUCUCAACCCAAACACCCCCUCCACGUACACCACUUCUCUAACCCAAACUCAAAUCUCCACUCGCCACUUCUUACACAAGCAAUGGGCUCUCUGCUCGAUUUCUCAGCCCCCCAAAACGACGCCGUCACGCCUCCCCCCACUAUUAUCCAACCCAAACUCGAGCCUCUCGACUCAGUCUCCGACUCGGACUCACUCGCUCCUUCUCACCCACCCGGAAUUCCGUUCCCUCUUUCUCAGUCUCAACCAUCUCCGCCGCCGAACCCUAAUUCUAAUGCUAAUGUAUAUUCUGAGUUUUCUCGCAUUUCGCAGCUCUUCAACACGGCGUUUUCGGAUAAAGCGCCGCAGAACGACGUCGUUUCGAGUGAUAAAGCCGCGCAGAACGACGUCGUUUCGAGUCCUGACGCGCUCGCGAUUGUUGCGCGGCCUCAGGAGGGGCUGUCGGCGAGUGUGAAUAGAAUUAGGCAUCCGCAGCACUCGUCGGAGUUGGUUAGGGUUACUGAUUUGAAUAUCGAAGAUGAGAGAUAUUUUCGGGAGGUUGUUAGGAAGACGAGGAUGCUUUAUGAGAAUCUGAGGAUUUAUGGGAAUUUGAAUGAUGAGAAGGGGUUGGUGGGGAGGCGGAGUAGGAAUGAUUUGAAGGCGUCUUCGGUGAUGAGGGAGCGGGGAUUGUGGCUGAAUCGGGACAAGAGAAUUGUGGGAGCUAUUCCCGGGAUUGAGAUAGGGGAUGUGUUCUUUUUCAGGAUGGAAUUGUGUGUGGUUGGGAUUCAUGAGCAGCCUCAGGCUGGGAUUGAUUACUUGCCUUCGAGUAGGAGUUCGAAUGGGGAGCCAAUUGCGACGAGUAUUAUUGUUUCGGGUGGGUAUGAGGAUGAUGUGGAUACGGGGGAUGUGAUCAUUUAUACGGGACAUGGUGGUCAGGAUAAGUGCUUUAGGCAAUGUGCUCAUCAGAAGCUUGAAAGUGGGAAUUUGGGGUUGGAGAGGAGUAUGCAUUAUGGGAUUGAGGUAAGAGUUGUGCGCGGGUUUAAGUAUGAAGGUAGUGCUAGCGGUAAGGUUUAUGUUUAUGAUGGGUUACAUAAGGUUGUAGAUUGUUGGUUUGAUGUGGGGAAGUCCGGCUUUGGGGUUUAUAAGUUUAAGAUUGUUAGACUUGAGAAUCAGCCGGAAAGGGGUAGUUUGGUUCUUAGGUUUGCACAAAAUCUUAGAGUUAGGCCUUUGGAGGUUAGGCCGAGGGGGUAUGUUUGUUUGGAUAUGUCAAUGAAAAAGGAAAAUGUCCCUGUUUUGUUGUUUAAUGAUAUUGAUAGAGAUCAUGAACCGUUGGCUUAUCAAUAUUUGGUGAAAUCUGUUAUUCCUUCUUAUGUGUACCAGUUUGGGAGUAGUGGAUGUAAUUGUGUUCUUGGUUGUUUAAGCAAUUGUUUCUGUGCGAUGAAGAACGGGGGCCAGUUUGCUUAUGAUGAAAGAGGUAUAUUGAUUCAGGGCAAGCCAAUAAUCUUUGAAUGUGGUCCAUCUUGUUCUUGUCCUCCAACUUGUAGAAAUCGUGUAAGUCAGAAAGGUGUGAAGAACACAUUUGAAGUGUUUCGAUCCCGGGAAACUGGCUGGGGAGUUAGAUCUUUGGACUUGAUUCAGGCUGGUUCUUUUCUUUGUGAGUAUGCAGGAGUUGUUUUGACUCGGGACCAAGCCCAAGUAAUUUCAAUGGCUGGUGAUAACUUAGUUUAUCCAAGACGGUUCUCUGAAAGAUGGGCAGAAUGGGGAGAUGUGUCACGAGUAGCCUCUAAUUAUGUUAGGCCUUCGCAUCCCUCAAUUCCUCCAUUGGACUUUGCAAUGGAUGUAUCAAGCAUGAGGAACGUGGCAUGUUACAUGAGCCAUAGUAGAAGUCCCAAUGUGAUGGUUCAGUUUGUGUUGUAUGAUCACAGUAAUGUGCUCUUUCCUCGUCUUAUGUUGUUCGCUUUGGAGAAUAUCCCACCCUUGAGGGAACUUAGUCUUGACUAUGGGGUGGCUGAUGAAUUGUCGCCCAAGCUUGCUAUCUGUAACUGACUGUAUAUGCCAGAGUGCGAGCAUUUUUGUAUGUUGUUUUAAACAAAAUCGUUAAUUGAGGUAAAGCCUGCCUCUCAUGUAUCGUUAAAUCCUUUUUUUUUUUUUUUUUUUGCUAAACAUGUAUUGGUAAGUCUUUUUGAUACAGAUCUGGUGGUUCUGUAUUUCUAAUAUGACUUGAAUUGUUUUGCUGAACUUAAAUUUCUGUUUCAUACA